CCACAUAAGAUCAAGGUAAGAUUACAUUAUUAUUAAAAUAUCUACAUUAAAAAAUUACUGUCCCUCUCACUCUAUAUAUACAAACACAAAUACAAACACUAGAAAGAAAAAAACUCUCUUUUAUCAAUGGCUUCAAUGGCUUCAUGGCUAACAAAGCCUGAACUAAUACUAUCAAUAAUUACCUUUGUUCUUCUCUAUCUCUUCCGCUAUUAUCACCAAAGUCAUCAUCAUCUUCUUCUCAACUUUCCGGUCAUCGGAAUGCUCCCCGGCCUCUUCGCCAACCUUCACUGGGUUCAUGACUGGGGCACCAACAUCAUCCGGGCCUCAGGUGGCACCUUCAUGUUCAGAGGACCUUGGUUUGCAUCCAUGGAAUAUGUAGUCACUAGUGACCCUGCCAACAUUAACCAUAUCUUCAACACCAACUUCAUAAACUACCCAAAGGGAGAAGAAUUCUUCGAGAUCUUCGACAUUCUCGGCGACGGAAUCUUCAACUCCGACGGCGAGUCAUGGAGAUUGCAGAGAAAGAAAGCUCAUAACCUCAUGACUGAUCAUAACUUCAAAGCAUUCUUGAUCAAGUCUAGCAAUUCCAAAGUUUACACUGAGCUUAUCCCUCUACUCCAGCAACUUGCCGGAGGAGAAAAAGAAGCACAAGUUGUGAAUUUGCAAGAUGUGUUCUUGAGGUUCACUUUUGAUGCUACAUGUGAGUUAGUUUUUGGUGUUAAUCCAAAGUCUCUCUCGCCGGAGUUUCCAACCAUUCCUUUCUCAAAGGCCAUGGAUGAGGCCAUGACAGUGAUACUACUCCGGCACACCGUGCCACCACAGUGGUGGAAGUUGUUGAGGUGGUUGAACGUCAGCGGGGAAAAAAAACUAGCAAGAGCUCGGAAAGUUAUAGACCAGUUCAUAGCUGAAGUAAUAGAGAAGAAGAGAGACAACCAUGGAAACUUCAGAGACAGUAAUCUUCUAACAUCUUACAUCAAAGACACAAGCUCCAUAGAGGAUAUCCAAGAAUCUAACAAGAUACUAAGAGAUACGACGAUGAAUCUAAUGCUUGCCGGAAGAGACACAACUGGGGCAGCACUUACAUGGUUCUUUUGGCUACUGAGCAAGAACAAACAAGCAGAAGAGAAGAUCAUUGAAGAGCUGAAACAGUACUCACUGGUGAAGAAGGAAGGGAUUGCUGGUGAAGAGUUAGGUAAGUUGGUUUACUUGCAUGCAGCUCUGUGUGAAUCAUUGAGGUUAUAUCCACCUGUACCUUUUGAGCAUAAAGCAGUUGUUAAAGAAGAUGUGCUACCAAGUGGGGUGGAAGUGAGACCAGGGAUUAAGAUACUUAUUUUCCUCUACGGAAUUGGGAGGAUGAAGGAAGUUUGGGGUGAGGAUUGCAUGGAGUUUAAGCCUGAAAGAUGGAUCAGUGAGAAGGGGAAGUUGAGGCAUGAACCUUCAUUUAAGUUCUUGUCUUUUAAUGCUGGGCCAAGGACUUGUUUGGGAAAAGAGGUUGCUUUUGCACAAAUGAAGACAGUUGUUGCAGGUAUUUUAAGCAGGUUUCAUGUUGAUGUUGUUGAAGGUCAAGUUGUUGAACCUAAGCUUUCCAUUAUACUUCAUACUAAGAAUGGGAUUGAUGGUGAGGAUAAGGGAGAGAAGCCUGAACUGAUAUGGCUGUGUAUAACAAAUUAUAUAAAAUGUCACUAUGAUGUAAGCUUUCUGUGUUUGUUAGCUAUGGUACUAAUUAAGAUGGUAUGAACUGAUAACAGACAUGAUUAUAACUUUUGAUGUAAUGAAUGGCAAUCAAUAAACUGUCCCUUUGAUCA